AUGGCUCGCCGAGGGGAUACUCGCUCACCAUCACCUGUAGGCAGCACAUACUCUUCAUCCCGACGGCGCCGGGACGACGAUCGAUAUGAUCGCAGCAGGCGGGAUGAUGGGCGCAGCUAUCGGAGAUCCCGCAGUCCAGAGCGUCGAUACCGCGGUGGCCGUGCAAACCCCCGUGAUAGAGAUGGAUACCGCCGUCGAGACCGCUCAAUAGAUCGGCGUGAUGAAGACACUUACCGACCUCCUCGGAGGGACCGAUCACGAGACCGCCGCCGCUCUCGAGACAGAGAUGACGACCGUGACUAUCACCGAGACAGAGAUACCCGGGCCAGGCGAGAUGACUCCCGCGAGCGUGAUCGCAGACGGGGUGAUGAUUCUGCUGAUCUGAGACCGAAUCCUAGACGGGACGACAGUCGUGACCGUACUUCCAAUAGACGUUCAAUCUCCAAAGCCCCAGAGUCGAAACAGUCCACGCCAGCCCCCACCGCUCAAACCGAUGACCAGAAGAAGAAGGCAGAGAGACUGGCCAAGCUGGCGGCAUGGAAAGAAAAGCAAGCUGCCGAGCGCGAGAAAAAACAGCAGCAGCAGACAGCCAGUCAAACUGCUGGAUCACCAGCCGCUAGUUCACCACAGACUCCAGCUACGCCUGCUGAGUCCGAACCUCGUGGUUCAUAUGCUGGGAAAUUCGACCCAAAGGCCAUCGCUAAAUCGUCCACCUCAACAGCAGCUGCCCCCGCUGUUCUUGGUACCGAUGUGGCUCUCCCGAAAUCCGCCAAGCAGUCCCUCGCCAAAACCCCCAUCGCCCCCAUCGCCGCUGGCACACAGCCGACUCAACCCUCUGGUCCCCUGAAAGCUAAGGGCAACAUUAGUGGAUUUGGGCUGGGCGCAAGACCUGCUCCUACCACCGAAAAACACCCCGCGCCCAAAACUCUUGGUUUCGGGGAUGAGGACUCCACACGCAAGAAGUUGGAAAAGCUGCCAACCCCACCGUUGGACGGUCCCCAGGGGGAAAGCGCAGCACCUCAAGAUGCCGGAGAGGACGAUGAUGUUGAAAUGCAGGACGAAGGUAUGGAGGAAGACGCGGAGGCGGUUGCUCGUGCAGCAGCAGAACGCCGAGACGAACGGCUGCAGAACGAAGCCAAUGAUGUUCCCCAGGAUGACGGAACUAAUGGCCAACCUGAUGCAAGCGCCAUGGAAGUGGAUGAUGCCGAAGAGAUCGACCCGCUUGAUGCUUUUAUGUCCGAAUUAGCAGGCGCUCCAGCCCCGAAAAAGACAACCGGUGCCUCUUUUGCGAAGAGGAAGGCCACACAGCAACCGGAGGCGAUGUUCGGCGACGACGACGGAGUUGAGUUCACUCCAGUUGGGGACGAGAAUGCCGGCGAUGUUCUUGCUAUGGCGGCCAAUAAAAAGAAGAAAAGGGAAAUCCCGGUCACUGAUCACACCAAGACCGUGUAUGAACCGUUCCGCAAACAGUUCUACACCGAGCCCUCAAACCUUGCUGAUAUGACGGAAGAAGAGGUUGCCAACCUGCGUCUUGAGCUCGAUGGCAUCAAGCUUCGCGGUUCUAACGUCCCAAAGCCGGUUCAGCAGUGGUCGCAGUGUGGACUGGGCGUGCAGACACUUGAAGUUAUCCAGAAGCUUGGCUAUGAGAAGUUGACCUCCAUUCAAGCGCAAGCAAUUCCCACAAUCAUGUCAGGUCGCGAUGUCAUCGGAGUGGCGAAGACUGGAUCCGGUAAAACUGCAGCAUUUUUGAUCCCAAUGUUCCGACACAUCAAGGAUCAGCGGCCACUUUCAAACAUGGAAGGUCCGAUUGGACUGAUCAUUGCUCCUACCCGCGAAUUGGCUACACAGAUUCACAAAGACUGUAAACCCUUUACCAAGGCAUUGGGCUUGCGCUCGGUGUGUGCAUACGGAGGAGCUCCUAUCAAAGAUCAGAUCUCUGAAUUGAAGCGUGGUGCCGAAAUUGUUGUCUGUACCGCCGGUCGCAUCAUCGAUCUUCUCGCUGCCAAUGGAGGGCGUGUUCUGAAUCUGCGACGCGUCAGUUAUGUCGUCCUUGAUGAGGCCGAUCGCAUGUUCGAUAUGGGUUUCGAACCUCAGGUCUUGAAGAUCAUGGCUAGCAUUCGGCCCGAUCGACAGACGGUCCUCUUCUCGGCCACUUUCCCCAAGAACAUGGAAUCCUUGGCCCGUAAAACACUGCAUAAUCCCGUGGAAAUCACCAUUGGAGGAAGAAGUGUGGUCGCACCCGAGAUCACGCAGAUCGUCGAAGUUCGUAACAAUGAUCAGAAGUUUGUCCGCUUGUUGGAGCUGCUGGGAAAUCUUUAUUCGGAUGACGAACAUGAAGACGACCGUACAUUGAUCUUCGUGGACCGUCAAGAAGCUGCCGAUGACCUGCUCAAGAACCUCAUGCGGAAGGGCUAUCCGUGCAUGUCGAUUCAUGGUGGAAAGGACCAGGUCGACCGUGACUCCACGAUCCAGGAUUUCAAGGCAGGAAUCUUCCCCGUUUUGGUCGCAACCUCGGUGGCUGCCCGUGGAUUGGAUGUCAAGCAGCUGAAACUCGUCGUCAACUAUGAUGCACCGAACCAUCUGGAAGACUAUGUCCACCGUGCCGGCCGUACUGGUCGUGCUGGUAAUACUGGAACUGCUGUGACCUUCUUGACUGAAGAGCAGGAUCGGUAUGCUGUUGACAUUGCGAAGGCUCUUCGUCAAAGUGGGCAAGAGAUUCCUGAGCCUGUUCAGAAGUUAGUUGAUUCAUUCCAGGAGAAGGUCAAAUCUGGAAAGGAGAAGUCAAUGGAAUCUGGCUUUGGUGGUAAGGGUCUUGACCGGCUUGAUGACAAGCGCGCAACCGAGCGAAAGCGUGAGCGAGCCACUUACAAGACUGGCGACGGUGACGAUGAAGAAGAAGAGGACAAGGAGGACAAGGAAGAGGCUACGGAAGAGCGCUUUAACAAGGCUCUUUCCGCAGUUCAAUCCGCUGCGGCUCCCGCGCCCGCCUCCUCUUCGCUUCCAGGAGUUCCAAAGGGAAUUGACCUGGACGGCAAGAUCACUGUUCAUCGCACUGAGAAGGACAGCAGUGGCGGCAAGAAUGCGCUCGACAAGGUUGGAUCUGCCGUGGCUGAUAUCCACGCACGACUCAGCCGCGCAGGCGUCAUGAGAUCCGGUGUGCCCAUCGACAACCGUGGACCUGACGCAGGAGCCUUCCACGCAACAAUGGAAAUCAACGACUUCCCACAGAAAGCACGUUGGGCCGUCACCAACCGUACAAACGUUGCAAAGAUCUUGGAGUCUUCUGGUACUUCUAUCACGACGAAGGGUAACUUCUAUGCAAACGGCAAGGAGCCUGCUGUGGGAGAACUACCCAAGUUGUACAUCCUGGUUGAGGGUGAGACGGAGAUUUCAGUCACCAACGCCAUGCGCGAACUUAUGCGCCUGCUGAAAGAAGGAACCAUUGCAGCUGCAGACAGCGAGGCUCGUGCUCCUGUCAGUGGCCGUUACAAUGUUGUUUAA